GCUUGAAAUUGACUGGGAACUUCAGUGGCGCCACGACUCGCCAGUUUCACCCCAGGAACUUUUCUUUGCAGGAGGAGAGGGAAAGGGGUGCCAUCGCCCCCGCUUUUAGCUCUUUCUUCCCCUCCUCCUCCUCCUCCUCCUCCUCUCCAGUUCGCCUUCCCCCCACUUGAAGCGGGCAGCUGCGGGCUGGCCACCCCGCGCCUCCCCAAGUGCUCGCCGCUGCCGCCGCCGCCGCGGAGUGACGCGCCAGGCUCCCCGGGAGCCGCUCGCUCCGCGUCCGGGCAGCCGAGGGGAGAGGAGCCCGCGCCUCGAGUCCCCGAGCCGCCGCGGCUUCUCGCCUUUCCCGGCCACCCGCCCCCUCCCCCGGGCCUGCGCAUGAAUCUCCUGGACCCCUUCAUGAAGAUGACCGAAGAGCAGGAGAAGGGCCUGUCCGGCGCCCCCAGCCCCACCAUGUCCGAGGACUCGGCGGGCUCGCCCUGCCCUUCGGGCUCCGGCUCCGAUACCGAAAACACGAGGCCCCAGGAGAACACGUUCCCCAAGGGCGAGCCGGACCUGAAGAAGGAGAGCGAGGAGGACAAGUUCCCCGUGUGCAUCCGCGAGGCCGUCAGCCAGGUGCUCAAGGGCUACGACUGGACGCUGGUGCCCAUGCCCGUGCGCGUCAACGGCUCCAGCAAGAACAAGCCGCACGUCAAGCGGCCCAUGAACGCCUUCAUGGUGUGGGCGCAGGCGGCGCGCAGGAAGCUGGCCGACCAGUACCCGCACCUGCACAACGCCGAGCUCAGCAAGACGCUGGGCAAGCUCUGGAGACUGCUGAACGAGAGCGAGAAGCGGCCCUUCGUGGAGGAGGCGGAGCGGCUGCGCGUGCAGCACAAGAAGGACCACCCGGACUACAAGUACCAGCCGCGGCGCAGGAAGUCGGUGAAGAACGGCCAGGCGGAGGCCGAGGAGGCGGCCGAGCAGACGCACAUCUCCCCCAACGCCAUCUUCAAGGCGCUGCAGGCCGACUCGCCGCACUCCUCCUCGGGCAUGAGCGAGGUGCACUCCCCCGGCGAGCACUCCGGGCAAUCCCAGGGCCCACCGACGCCACCGACCACCCCCAAAACCGACGUGCAGCCGGGCAAGGCUGACCUGAAGCGAGAGGGGCGCCCCCUGCCCGAGGGGGGCCGACAGCCCCCCAUCGACUUCCGCGACGUGGACAUCGGCGAGCUGAGCAGCGACGUCAUCUCCAACAUCGAGACCUUCGACGUCAAUGAGUUUGACCAGUACCUGCCCCCCAACGGCCACCCGGGGGUGCCGGCCACGCACGGCCAGGUCACCUACACGGGCAGCUACGGCAUCAGCAGCACCGCGGCGGCCACCCCCGCGGGCGCGGGCCACGUGUGGAUGUCCAAGCAGCCGGCGCCGCCGCCCCCGCAGCAGCCGCCGCAGGCCCCGCAGGCCCCGCAGGCGCCCCCGCAGCAGCCGCCGCCGCCCGCGCCCCCGCAGCAGCCGCCCGCGCCCCCGCAGCCGCAGGCGCACACGCUGACCCCGCUGAGCGGCGAGGCGGGCCAGGCGCAGCGCACGCACAUCAAGACGGAGCAGCUGAGCCCCAGCCACUACAGCGAGCAGCAGCAGCACUCGCCGGCGCAGCAGAUCGCCUACAGCCCCUUCAGCCUCCCGCACUACAGCCCCUCCUACCCGCCCAUCACCCGCUCGCAGUACGACUACACCGACCACCAGAACUCCGGCUCCUACUACAGCCACGCGGCCGGCCAGGGCUCCGGCCUCUACUCCACCUUCACCUACAUGAACCCGGCGCAGCGGCCCAUGUACACCCCCAUCGCCGACACCUCCGGGGUCCCCUCCAUCCCGCAGACCCACAGCCCCCAGCACUGGGAACAGCCCGUCUACACACAGCUCACCAGACCCUGAGGACACCGGAGACCCAGGGUGAUGGAUGAUUGGCGUGACGUUCCUCCCCAGAACCGGAGAAAGGAAAGAAAACCAGCCCACCGCGAUUUCUGUUCAUUUGGACAUUAUUAUUUUUUUCUUCUUCUCCUACUUCUUCUUCUUCUUCUCAUUCCACAAAGACAUUUUUUAAGCUAAAAGGCAACUCGGACCCAGAUUCCAAGACAGAAACAUUCGCUAUCCAAAAACGCAUGCCCACCUUGCUGGAGGCAGGCAGUGGCCAGGCCACUGGGGCCUUCGAGGGGGCCCCCCCCCCCAGGCGUCUCCACAGGAGGCCGGACUGGGUAGCCCCGUCUUCGCAGCGAGCUCCAGGAGGAUGGAGGCCCGUGGGACCGUUGUUGGCUCCAUCUCUCGGCCUGUUUGGACUUUGUAAUUAUUUUUUAGCAGUAAUUAAAGAAGAAAGUCCUCUGUGAGGAAUAUUCUCUAUUUUAAAUAUUUUUAGUAUGUACUGUGUAUGAUUCAUUACCAUUUUGAGGGGAUUUAUACAUAUUUUUAGAUUUAAAAAAAAAAUUAAAUGCUCUUAUUUUUCCAACAGCUAAACUACUUAGUUUGAACAGCGUGCCCUAGCUUUUCUCGCAACCAGAGUAUUUUUGUACAGAUUUGCUUUCUCUUACAAAAAAAAAAAAAGAAAAAGAAGAAAAAAAUGUGUUGUUGUAUUAACAUUUAAAAAACCCCCACAGGUUUGUGUUAUGAGAUGAGUUGGGGGGGGGGGUGUUAGCUUUGCUUAAUGCCUCAGGCUUUCUGAUUGGAGGAGGAGCUGCCUUAGACAAAUAAAGGCCUUAUUUUGCAAGUAUGGACCUACACACGUUAGUCUAGAGAAGCCUAUGGUAAGCGUUAUCACAUAUAUAUUUUUUAAACGAGAGAGAAAAACACACACACCUUGAGCCUUAAAAACAUGCUGCUGACAAAUACUUGCGCUCUCUUCUAGUGCAUCUAUUUCCUCCUGCGUUUGCCUGUUCAUGGAAAUCUUAAGCAAGAAGCAAAAGGCAAGGAGAGGAAACGUGAUUUGGGGAUAUUUCAGCAGCCAGUCAGUGCCUCCCCUGCCCCCCAGCACCCUGCCCCUGGUUGCCUGGCCCCGUGUGGAACACCGAUGCCGGCCUCCUCCCAGUCACCUGUGCCUCUCUGAACACCAGCAGUUAACCUUCAAGACAUUCCACGUGCUCAAAUUAUUUAUUUUGUAAGGAGAGGUUUUAAUUAAAAAAAAAAAAGCAUCCUUUUUUUUUUUUUUUUAAAUUUACCUUUAAAAUAGGCUGUUGGAGCCUUCCUCAAAGGGUAUGGUCAUCUUGUUAAAUUAUGUUCUUAACUGUAACCAGUUGGUUGUUUUUUUUUUAUUUAUCUCUUUAAUCCUUUUUUUGUAUUAUUAAAAGCAAGUUUCUUUGGAUUCCUUGUCCUAGAUUUGUAUAAAUAUACCUUUUUGUCCGUCCUUUUAUUUUUUUUUCUUCGUUGUUUUUUUGUUGAAAAAACUGGAAACUUGUUUCUCUCUUUUUUCUUUUUUUUUUUUUUUUUUGUACAAAUGAGAGGUUUCAAAUGUAGUGUAUCACUGAGUCCUUUGCAGUGUUUUCUGCCACAGAUCCUCGGGCCGCCUACACGGUGUGCGUGUGGUGUGACGCGGGACAGUGGGAGCCCGAGUCCUAUUCCUCUGCAUGUUCUCUUGGAGAGAGGGAGGAAAGGGGGAGGGGCGAGCCCCUGACAGACCUUAAUUCUUAAUUAUUUCUGUGGCUGGAGCGUUUGAGGAUUGCUUUUUAAAAAAGACAGCAAACUUUUUUUUUUAUUUAAAAAAAGAUAUAUUAACAGUUUUAGAAGUCGGUAGAAUAAAAUCUUAAAGCACUCUUAUAAUAUGGCAUCUUUCCAUUUCUGUAUAAAAGCAGAUCUUUUUUUUAAAAAAAAAUAUUUCUGUAACUUAAAAAACCUGGCAUUUAAAUCAUAUUUUGUCUUUAGGUUAAGGUUUGGUUCGUGUUUGUGUUUUGUUUGUUUCCUUGUCCCCUUCCCCAUACACCUCGAAACUUUUGUUCUCUCUGUGAAACUUAUCUUUUCUCUCCUCUUUUUUUUUGUAUAUUAUUGUUUACAAUAAAUAUACAUUGCAAUAAAAAGAA